GUUUCUAGCUGAAGCGUUUCUUUGACAUGUGACCCAGUGUCUUUGGCCUGUUCAUUCUCCAUCUCAGUCUGUGCUCGAGCGCUCGAGUCGCCCACUGUCUGUGGGUGUACACAUACUGCUGAGCUCUUGCUUUUUUUAUGAUGACUGGAAAGAGUUUGUGGAGGAGAAGCCAUCGGUCGGUUUGUCUCUGUCACUGUUAAUGCUGUUCUGGUUGUUUUGGAGGAAAUCUGUCACACUGGUUUCACCUGACUUGAAAAACAGUUAUAAAUAAAUGAUCAGUUUUGUCACACCAUCCACAAAUACUCAUGCAAAAGCGUGGCAGUGUGUGUGGGAGUGUGAGUCAGGCUGGAGCGACAGGAAAACAGAACUAGAGAAGAGAAAUGAGCUGAUUUCACAUGUGUUCCACCAAACAUCUUCACAAGGACACAGCCAUGGAUCUCAACUUUCUUCUCUUCAUCUUCAGGUUCAUCAGACUCUCGGGAUCUCCAAGACUUCUGGUGAACUCUCAGAAUGUGACGGGAUCUGAGGAUGGCAGUGUUAUCAUCUCCUGCCACCAUCAGGGGCAAAGUGGGGUAAAAUGGUGUAAGUUUGGAGGUCAGUGUAUUACAGGAGCGUCUGGGAUGUUAGCCGGAGCCUCGGUCGAGAUCAGACACAGUCUGAGAAACACGACUGUGAGCAUGAGCCGGCUGAAGAAGCAGAACACAGGAUGGUACUGGUGCUCGACAGAAGAUCUGCAGAUGCCUGUUCAUAUCACUGUCCUUCAGAAGAAGAGCAGAAAGAGUCCGGUCACAGCAGAGUCUGCUCAGAUCUCACCCAGCGAUCACAACAGGACGGCUCUCUUAUUUCUGUUGCCUGUGAUUUUGGAGAUUCUCCUGAUGAUAAUCAUUUACUUGGCACUGAAACUGUUGAAGUUUUACAGAACAAGGUUCCUCUCGUCUGAGGAUGAAGCAGACGAGGCUCGGUAUGUGUCGAUGCACAGAAAACAGUCGAGGCGUUCGUACAGCUGUGCUGCUGCUGAGGGAGUGUAUGAAAGUAUGGCUGGACUCCAAACAAACAGUGAGGUGUGGACAUCAAGCAUUUCCCUUUAGACCUCACCAGUGAAACUCUUCUUUGUGUGUGUGUGUGU